AUGGCGGCGGCUGAUGGCCCUUUGGGGUCGUUGGUAACGGGUCUGUACGACGUGCAGGCUUUCAAGUUUGGGAACUUCGUGCUGAAGAGUGGGCUCUCUUCCCCCGUGUACAUCGAUCUGCGGGGCAUCGUGUCUCGACCGCGUAUUCUGAGUCAGGUUGCAGAAAUUUUAUUUCAAACUGCCCAAAAUGCAGGGAUCAAUUUUGACACUGUGUGUGGAGUACCUUAUACAGCUUUACCAUUGGCUACAGUUAUCUGUUCAACCCACCAAAUUCCAAUGCUUAUCAGAAGGAAAGAAACAAAGGAUUAUGGUACUAAACGGCUUAUAGAAGGGGCUGUUAAUCCAGGAGAAACCUGUUUGAUCAUUGAAGAUGUUGUCACCAGCGGAUCUAGUGUUUUGGAAACUGCUGAGGUUCUUCAGAAAGAAGGCUUGAAGGUCACUGAUGCCAUAGUGCUGCUGGACAGAGAGCAGGGAGGCAAGGACAAGUUGCAGGCCCAUGGGAUUCGUCUCCACCCAGUGUGUACAUUGUCCAAAAUGCUGGAUAUUCUUGAGCAGCAGAAAAAAAUUGAUGCUGAGAUGGUGGAGAGAGUGAAGAGAUUUAUUCAGGAGAAUGUUUUUGUGGCAGCUAAUCCUAAUGGUUCUCUCCCUUCUCUGAAGAAAGAACCCAAAGAACUAAGUUUUGGUGCACGUGCAGAGCUGCCUGGGAUCCACCCGGUUGCAUCAAAGCUUCUCAGGCUUAUGCAAAAGAAGGAGACCAAUCUGUGCCUGUCUGCUGAUAUCUCAGAGUCCAGAGAGCUACUGCAGCUAGCAGAUGCUUUGGGACCCAGAAUCUGCUUGCUUAAGACUCAUGUAGAUAUUUUGAAUGAUUUUACUCUGGAUGUGAUGAAGGAAUUAACCACUCUGGCGAAACGCCAUGAGUUUCUAAUAUUUGAAGACCGGAAAUUUGCAGAUAUAGGAAACACAGUGAAAAAGCAGUAUGAAGGUGGGGUCUUUAAAAUAGCUUCCUGGGCAGAUCUUGUCAAUGCUCAUGUCGUGCCAGGCGCAGGAGUUGUGAAAGGCCUGGGAGAAGUCGGCCUGCCGCUGCACCGGGCAUGCCUGCUUAUUGCAGAGAUGAGCUCUGCUGGUACCCUGGCUACUGGGAGCUACACGGAGGCAGCAGUGAAAAUGGCUGAAGAACAUUCUGAAUUUGUGGUUGGUUUUAUUUCUGGCUCCCGAGUAAGCAUGAAACCAGAAUUUCUUCACUUGACUCCAGGAGUUCAGUUAGAAGCAGGAGGUGAUAAUCUCGGCCAGCAGUACCACAGCCCACAAGAAGUCAUCGGCAAACGAGGCUCUGAUAUCAUCAUUGUGGGCCGGGGCAUAAUAGCAUCAGCUAAUCAUCUGGAAGCAGCCGAGAUGUACAGAAAAGCUGCUUGGGAAGCUUACUUGAGUAGACUUGCUGUUUGA